CUUAAUAAGAAACAUUAUAAACUUGAUUUAGUAGAAAUGGCUUCAGCAGGUCCAAUGGUCAGUUGGGACCCUUAUUCAAAAGCGAGUUCUGAGCCCCCUCUUCUUCCGUCAGCUUCAUUGCGAAUCAAAAAGGAUUUGAUGUCAUUAUACCGAGACCCUCCGCCAGGAAUAUUUGCAACUGCAAGUGAAUCUGACAUACGUAAUGUUCAUGCUCUUAUUAUAGGACCUAUGGAUACUCCAUACGAAGGCGGGAUUUUUUACUUUUAUUUAAGAUGUCCUUAUGAUUUUCCUAUACAACCACCUAAAGUUAGAUUUAUGACAACAGAUGCUGGAAGAGUUAGAUUCAAUCCAAAUAUUUAUGCAAAUGGCAAAGUAUGCCUAAGUACUAUAGGCACAUGGGAAGGGCCUGGUUGGACUCCUGCUCAACAAAUCUCAUCUUUGUUAAUUUCAAUUCAGAGUCUAAUGAAUGAUAAUCCAAUUGAAAAUGAACCUGGAUAUGAAAAGUUGCGUAAUCUAGGUGAACCAUCUCAAUAUGCUGAGAUGAUAACUUAUGAAACCCUAAGAGUAGCAGUAAUUGGUAUGGUAGAGAAUGAAUGUGAAUUGAAUAUUCCAGUGGAAUUUCUGCCUAUCAUAGAAAGAACAUUUUUACAGUAUUUUGAUGUUUACACUGAGAUUUGCACGAAACACAUGAAUCUAGAUGGAAUGAAGUAUAAGGAUCCUUUGAAUCACAAUGUGACUGUUAAAUAUAAUUUCAAAGAACUGUUAACAAAAUUGAAUGAAAUAAAGGAGAGAUUAACUAACAAGAAGGUGGUGAAAGAAGUGUCUAGUGAUGGCGAUGGAUCAGACUAUAAAGAAGAUGAAGAAGAUAAUAUUGAUGAAAAAAAUGUUCACGAAUUCCUCAAGUGUGGCAGUGACGAGAAAUUAUAUACUGAAGCGGACAAUUUUUACGAGGAGUACAGUUCUGAAGAAUCAAGUGAUGAUAAUGACGAAGAAGCAAACUCAAAUGAUAGUUCAGAACCUGAACUAGAUAGUUCAAAACCUGAACUAGAUGAUUCAGAAUGAUUCCCAAAGAAUUGAAUGACAGAUUAUUUUAUGGAAUAUAACUUUUAUUGAAACAA